AUGCAUUCUGCAUGGGAAUAUCGUUUCUUCGCGGAAAGACACCCCUUUAAAAACAAGAUAUUAGCUGUUGAAACCAGAUGGCAUAAACCUCCUAUAAACACUAUCAAACUUAACUGUGAUGGUGCUUUCUCUUCUACUAGCAAUGCAGCAGGUAUGGGUGGAUGUUUUCGCAAUAGCAAUGGUGACUGGAUCUUGGGUUACCAAAAAAGAACUCAUGCAGCCUCCCCAAUCCAUGCAGAACUCUUGGCCCUCCUAGAAGGACUAAGAAUUGCACUAGACUUUAGAGACACAAACCUGGAAAUCGAAACGGAUAGCACAAAUGUCAUCAAACUACUACACGAAGAAGGCACUAACUUUCAAAAUGUCAUUCUUGAAUGCAGGUGGUUAAUGCACCGGCUGAAGCUCCCAAUACUAAGGCACAACUUUAGGGAAGGAAAUGAAGUAGCUCAUCGACUGGCUAAGGAAGCUUUGAGAAAAGAUCCCAGUGACAAGUGUUUUUACCUUGCUCGUCCACCUCUUUUUGUGCAAGAAGAAAUCCAAAAGGAUAAGCAAGACUCUUGUAAUAGUUUAAGAACUAUGUCUACUAAUGUUUGUAAUUUCCUAGCAACUUUGGGCAAUAGUAAUGCCCUCAACUCUAUGUCAAACUCGUGUAACUCUUUUGUUAAGUAA